CAAUGGCUCAAGCUUCUCUCGUAGUGGGCCGUUGAGUUGGUCCACGCGGGCAGUCAACAUUUUUGUUAACACUCGCACGACGUUCGGUUGCCUGACCCGAUCGAGCUGUAACUCGCUCCUCCCGACGGCUCAGCGCACUCCUCUGGUUCGCCAGUGACACUCUUUGUCGUCUCUAGUGCUGGUUCGAUUGCAUGUUUGUGCCCGACCUUUUGAGCUUGGGUUUGGAUGCUUGGUCGAAGGCCCCUUGGCGAAUUUCUGCCAAUCGCCAGGCCAUCACUCAGGUGCACAGCGAAGCCGUAAUCUUAUUACUGCUCCUCGUCAUGUACUUCGCAGGCUUUGUCGUAUCGAGACGCUGGUCGCUGUGCCCUGUACCCACUCCCAAGGUCAUAGGCCCGACCUCUUCUGGCCCCAGAACCCACUCCAUGGUCAAGGUGGGGCCCGCCGAACAUAGCGCCGCGAAGAUCAUUCUGCCGACCACGAAGAGAGUCGGGCAGUGGGAUACCGACGCGCACUUGAUCAAGACAGCCGACAGGGGUUGCCUACCGUCCGACGCGUCGUCGUUAUCGCUGUUAGUUGGCGCCUGUGCCAGGUCGGGACAAGCAGCAAUGACGCUGGAACUGUUCGACCAUAUGCUAAGGAGCGGAGUCGGCUGCGACCAGCGGUCGAUAUGCAACGGCACCGCCAGCAAGUUCUUCAGGCUCGUGGCGUCGAAUUUGGAUGACGAGCAGCUCCAGAAGUGCGGGAUCCAGCUCAUGCGCACGAUCAUGGCUCAUGGACUCUCGCCUUCGAACCUCGUCCAGAGCCAGGUCAUACGUGCAUGGAACAGCAAGCUUCCACACCAGGUCGUGGAGGUCUUUGUGGAGCUGCGAGAGAGUGGAAUGCGCCUCACCUCGACCGCCUACCGCUGUGUCAUGGCCGCGCACGAGCGGUCCGACCCGGCGUUCACGCUGCAGCUCUACGACGAGCUGCUGGAGCUGGGCGUCAAGGUCGACCGCGUGGCCUUCAACGCCGUGCUGUGCGCCUGCUCGCAUCUCGGCAUGGCCGAACGGGCCCUUGAGCUGUUCGAGCGGAUGCCCGAGCUCGGGCUGGCCCCCAACGGGAAGACCUACGGCAGCGUCAUCCGGGCCUGCGCUGGCGGCCGGAAGCCGAGCGAGGCCCUGGAGCUCUUCGGGGUGAUGCGGGCGGCGGGCAUCGAGCCCAACCGCUGCACCGUCAGGGGCGCCAUCCGCUGCUGCAUCAAGCUGGGGAAGCUCCACGAGGCCAACGAACUGAGCAGGCACCUGGCUCCAGCCAGCGCAGACCCUUGCAGCAGCAGGUGCACGGACCACGUCGCGGCGUGCCAGAAGACCCGCCGCCCGCCAGUCGAUGAUCGCAUCCCAGCAGACACGGGGCCCGCGUGUCUGGACGAUGCGAUCUGGGCCGAGGAUUUUGAAGUCUCCUCGCGUGCCAUCCGCUCGGGUGCCGAGUAGGUAUUGCCUCUUCGCCCGGUCAUUGCAGGAUGCCGCCGCCGCCGCUCCAGCCAGUCUCUGUUGCGAUGCGACUCCAAGGGCAUCUGGUUUUGGUGUGCUGCGAGCGGCUGGCAUCUGAUAUCAGGGCACGGCGCAGCCUCAGACACGGUGUGCGAGGGGGUACUGCCACCCCACUCGUCUUCGAUCUACUUGUGACGAAACUCCAUGGCACCCUUACGUGGCGUUUUGCCGCCACGACAUCUGGUUCUGCCAUAUACGUGUACAUAUCGCUGCCGCGCUUCCCAUGUCCAAUCGGAACACUACAUACCAUAGGGUGCUCGUUCCGUCCGUGUUUCUUGCACGGCUGCGUCUCGUUGGAUUUGCUCUCCUACUCUCCUCCCCUUGACCCAGAUCACUGUCGUCGUCGUCCUCCUCCUCCUCCUCCCCUUUCUUCUUCCAUGGAUGAGCUUUUUGCUCUCUUGCGCUGAUGGGUAAUCCGCGCCCUGCUGUUACUCCUGUGGCCUUCAUUCUGUAUAUUUUCGAACUGCAGGGCUGACGGGUUUGUCAACCAGGUCUUGGUCAUGAUCAUAUUACUGCUGCUGCGUCGUGUAUUCUGAUCUCCUAUGGGUUACUGUGCCCAGUUCUGCUUUGAUCUGCUUUGGAAGGUGUCGCUCACCGAAGACGUCUACGGUGAAAUCACCGC